CAAAGAAAACGAGAAAGUGCCCUAUAUGCACUAGCUACAAUGAGAAGUUCAAAAGAAAUGAAUUAUAUUGAACGGUGCUCAGCUUCUCCCCUAUUGGACCAACACGGCAUGGUGACUCUUGUACUUCAUGGAAGGAAAAAACAAAAGACCUCCACCCUACAGAUAUGUUCAACCACAACAUGGAAAUUGUUUCUACCGAGGUUCCUCUCCACCGACUCAACAUAAAGGUACGACUGUCUCCUCCAUCCUUGAUGACAAAUACUUCUUGUACCCUCAUACAAAUUCCCCAAUGUUUUCCUCUGCCCUGCAACAGCGAUCCCGCUAGACGGCUCGUCAAAUUCGGAUCUUGUCUGCCGAGGGGCAAAUAAACAACUUUGACUGUUCUCCAAAUUGGGGAUUCAUAUGAGCCCUCGGCCCUGAUUGGACAAUGGAGUCAAAGCGCGUGGCAUUAGGCAAAAGCAAGGGGUCCGGCAUAUACCUCGCAACGUGAUGGUUUCCGUCUACCGCUUUUGUUUAGAUGACCGCGGUGGAGAUGAACAACAGUCUCUCCAUCGAAGAUCAUGGAUAACGUCCUGGUGCUAUAAAAGCAGGCGCCAUCCUCACAUUUCCAACUGGCCACCAGUUAAGAACAUACCAUCACAAACACAAAACAUGCAUUUCUCCAUCGUUUCCUCUGCUCUUGGCCUGGCCUCCCUGGUCUCCGCCCACGGUGUUGUCCUGAAGCCGGCUUCUCGCAAGCCAGGUGAUGCCACAACCGAGGCGUGCGGCCGUGCCAUGGUCAAUUUUUACAAGCAAGAUGAGACGUCUUAUCCCGAGGCUUUCUUGAGAUCCAACCCAUUGCCCGACCGCAACAAGUGCAACCUAUUCCUCUGCAAGGGAUAUCAGUUCGCUGACAACGCCGCCAAUGUCCAGUCGUACAAACCCGGCGACUCUGUCGAGUAUGAGGUGUACAUCAGGAUUCCUCACUCUGGCUACGCCAAUGUCUCCAUUGUCGACACCACGACCAAUAAAGUGUUGGGCUCCCCGCUGGUGGGUUGGGCGAGUGGGUAUGCGGCCAGCAGCAAGCCACCAGCGGACCAGACCAAGUUCAGCAUCAAGAUCCCGGAGCUUGGUGCGCAGUGUGCGACUGCAGGUGUUUGUGUCCUCCAGUGGCAUUGGUUUGGUGCUGGACAGACAUAUCAGAGUUGCACCGACUUUACGGUUGCAGCUCCUGUUGCUCCCGCUGAGCUGGCUCCGGAACAUGGACACGGCCACCGAAUUCGAGGACAGUCUCGCUGGUAGAAUCUCGCAGAGGUCGGACUAUGUAAAUAGCUAAAUAUUGUUAGGAGAGGAGUGUACCGAGAAAAUAUUCUUUCAUUCCAAGCAGCCAGAAAUAUUGGUUCGGUGACGGUGAAAUGUUUGUCCACGUGUGAGUUGUUCAAUGAGAGCUAUCCAAAUGCAGACUAGCCAAAGC